ACCAAAUACAAUAGGAAACUAAAAAACGAUAGAGAACAGACAAGCUAACUGCAUAUGAAAUUUAAACACGAAAUAUAGACAAAGGAGACACAACAAACUUGCCUUAGCAACAGAAAAAAUAGGGCAAUCAGACAUGAACCAAACAGAAUUCCCACCAAUAUAAGCAUACUACACGACACAACACAACACCUAUAUUAUGUGAGAGAUCAGAAGCCAAACCUCGUAACAAAGUCUGCUUCCUCGAAAUUCUUCUUGGGCCUAAAAAAAUGAAGAGCACUUCAUCUGUUACAAGAAACUAUAUGUUAGCAGCUAUUGUGCUCGUGUGCAUUCUUUGCGUUUCCUCGGAUGCACGUCCAGAGAAGACGCCAAAGGAAGCAACAGUGGUGGAGAAGAGAUACAAAAGCUGGCUGAAACAACACAACAAAGCGUACGAGAACAGGGAAGAAUGGAACAUGCGAUUUGGAAUCUACAAGUCUAAUCUUAAGUUCAUAGAAUUCGUAAAUGCGCAAAAUCUUUCUUACAAACUCACUGACAAUAAGUUUGCAGACAUGACAAACUUUGAGUUCCAGAACACUUACUUGGGUUACAAGAGCCAUAGGCGCCCACGUAAAGAGCAACAUAAUUAUGCAGUCGAUGGCUAUGCGGUACCAUCUAGCAGAGAUUGGAGAAAGAAAGGCGCCGUGACUGCAGUCAAGAAUCAAGGCUCAUGUGGCUGUUGCUGGGCAUUCUCUGCACUAGGAGCAGUAGAAGGACUCAACAAGAUCAAAACUGGGAAAUUGGUAUCGUUGUCCCCACAAGAGCUUGUGGACUGUAAUUUCGACAUUGAUAACCAAGGUUGCCGUGGUGGAUUCAUGGAAAAAGCAUAUGAGUUCAUGAUGCUGAAUGGUGGCAUAAGUUCAGAAAGUGAUUACCCAUAUAAAGGGAAACAGGGCAUAUGUAAUCCAAUCAUAGCAAGAAAGCUAGCAGCAAGCAUAACAGGCUAUGUUCAAGUACCUGAAAGGAAUGAGACGGCCAUACAAGCUGCAGUAGCUCGUCAGCCAGUAUCAGUAGCCAUUGAUGCCAGUGCAUCCGAGCUUCAACUGUACUCUAGUGGAGUAUUCACCGGAUCCUGCGGAAAAGAACUUAACCAUGGGGUUCUAGUUGUGGGCUAUGGUGUAGAAGAGGGUGUGAAAUAUUGGACCGUGAAGAAUUCAUGGGGAUCUGGUUGGGGUAACAAAGGAUAUAUCAAAUUGAUGCGUGAAUCUUCUGAUAAGAGUGGUAUUUGUGGCAUUGCCAUGGAUGCCAGCUACCCUGUCAAACAUUUCUGAGGUAUCCAUCCUCAUUGGAAGGAUUUGUUUUCUCAUGACAAUGUGUACUCAUAAAUUGAGUCAAAUAUCAAUUUAAAUAGAUAUAUAAGCUCGGAAUAAAGUUCAUGAGUAGAAAUAGGCAUAAUAGUAGUAGCCUUUUAAGAAUUAUAUGUUUGUUCCUUAAUUAAUUCAGACAGUUUUCAAAAUGUAAUUGUUGUGUCUUGGUAUGAAUAUAAGUCGAUGUUUUAGUAUCUA